CGGGCUGUCCCCGAGGGCUCGGUGUCCCCUUUCAGCGCCGGCCCCGUGUCCUUGAAGCAGCGGCUGCGGCUCCCCGCGGGCUCCGGCAGCCGCGGCGCUCACGGACACUCGCCCGCACCCUGGGCACUCGCCCGCACCCUGGAGCCUCCCGAGCACAUGCAGCAGCGAGACGAGGCACUUUUCCUUUGGCCACCUGCUGAUCCCAUCCCGGGUUCCCCCUUUUCCUAGGCAUCGCUCUGUUCUGGGAACAACUGUGAGAACUCUGCCCGAUGCCCUCAGAACAUGUCUGAUUGGACAAGUCUGUGGUAUGUCUGGGCAGCUUCCAGCAGGGAUUUGUUGGGAUGUGGCACUGCCCUGUCCUCGGCUCACUCCCUUCUACGGGACAGGGACAGUCACCCUCUGCUGCGCUUCUGAACUCCAGCAAGCACAGAGCUGAGCACUGCCUGCUGGAGUGCCUGGAAAGGGGAAACUGGGAUAAGAGAGAGAGGAUUCACAAGGGGAUUCAUCUCUUGUCUCACACGUGUUACAGGUUGAUCUUGCUGACGGUGUUCCUGCUCCUGCUCUGUGGGGUCUCAGCGAGCUGCAUCAAAUUCUGCUGCCGGAAGAAGAGGCUUCCAGUGGAGACCUUCCCUCGGCACCCUUGUGACUUGACAGCAAUUGGCAUUGACAGUGACAGCACUGCCCACAGCACAGUGACCUCAUAUAGCUCAUGGCAGUACCCUCCAAGUGUCCAGAUUCCUUCGGUAUUUGUGGAUAUGGAUAAGAACACUGUGUCCCCUCCAGCUUACAGCCUCUAUGCAAUGGACCUGCCACCUUCCUAUGAUGAAGCUGUUCAAAUGGGAAAGCAAGUGGCAUGGAUAAACCAGAAACUUAAUGACAUCCCUGAACAGGUGACAGCCGGUGGGCUGAAUCCCAGCCAGUCCCCACCUGACACAAUCAACAGAGAUCCAGCAACACAGGCAGAUUCAGAAGAUUCAGAAAAUGCCACAAAAGAACAGCCACAGAUCUGACUCAGUUCAGAUGGGGAGUAAAGGAAGGGAAGGACUGCAAGCGUUAAAGAAGACAUGAAGAGUUUGGGUUUAUAAGUAGGUUAUGAUGGAAAGAUGUUUCUUCUCAUGCCCUUGUAAUGAUCUGUCAGAAGAAAUGUUUUCUGUGACUGCUGUAAUCCCCUGGUAAAGCUUCUUCAAGGAUAUGAAAUGAGGUAAAAGGGCAGCGGUUUAAAAAUGCCUGUAAAAGUGGGACAUGAAUGCUUGUUCAUCUUCUGAUAAAAAAAUUGUUCCUUGUGUCCAGCAAUAAAAAAGGUCAGGAGAAUUUUGCCACCUUGGGAAUACACACUCAGAACAGUACAAACAGGAAGCUGUUGUUCUAGAACAGAAGUUUCCCAAGCUGGAGUUGAAGGGGGAAUCCCAGCAAGUGACGCUGAACAGCCUCUGUAGUUUCUCUUCUUUUGAGAACGUCAGCUGUCCAGAAAACUGCUGAGGACAAAGUGCUGCACAGUGGCUCAUGUUCCUCAAGGAGCAGGAAGAUGCCAGGACAGGAGAGAGUGGAGGGAAAUGCUUUGUGUUGUUUCACAGCUACACACAGGGAAGGAGACAGAUGAGACACGACACUUCUGUCGUGGUGGUGGUCAUGACACCUGAAGGGAUUGUUUCUCAGGUUUUGUAAAUCUUUCCAUUUCUAUUUUCAAGACGAGUUGCCUUGUGGGUGGGUUCCUUUUGCUAUUUGUUUUUUCCAGAUAAAGUACACAUUAAUUCCAAAGAGACACUUGCACACAUGGUUUGGUAUUACUGAUGUGUUUCAAAUAUUCAUCAAAUGUUUCAAAGACGCCUUUAUAUUUUGUUAUCUGCUCAGGUGUCAGGAUCUCAGGCUGCACAGGAAAGGAAAAACACAGGUUCCUGGCAGCUUUUACCAGUUCAGAACAUGGACGAGCUCAGGAAUGAGCAGGGUGACACAAAACAUGCUCGUGCCGAGCCAUCCAGAAUAAGUUAGAGAUACAAAUACCACAGUACAGGCUGGGCAAAAGUUCAAAGAAAUUACUCUUAGGGAUGUUCUUCAUGAAGUACUGAUAGAGGGAUAAUUGCUGAGCAUCAUUUUAAAACUGGGAGCUUGGAGCUGAUUACAGCAGUUGCAUCCCAGACAAAAAUAUGGGCUGUAGAAGCAGGUUUUUAAUGCCAGCUCUUUCCCUUGCCCCUGCAUAUUCCAAAUGAUCCAAAUUUUGUCCACUCCUAAGCAGUGAUUUUCUUUGAAUCCACUUUAGCAAGGUGCUAAUCUGGCUGCCUUUAAGAACAUGAGCAAUCGCCAGGGUGGCUCAUUGCUCUGGAAAAGAGCAGCAACCAAAGCCUGAGCACUCGGUGCUAUUAGCGAAUGUAGCAUAAAUUUAGGUGUCUGUCAUUAACAGGCAGCAGAAGUGGUGGGCACAAAAGCCUGCACAGCUUUUAGAAGACUGUUAUUCUCUGACAACCAUUACUGCAAGAACUGCCCUGGAAAUGAGCACUAAUGAUUUAAAAAUGAAGAUCUCUGCCAGCUGCAGGCCCGACAUGCUGCUACAGAGUGAUGAUGUGUGUGAGCUGUCCGUGAGUCUGGCUCCCGAGGGAAGGGUCGCUUCUAUAUUUAACUUACAUGUAACUUACUAUGAGGGUUGACUGGUGUAACAAAUCUGCUUCUCUUGUGUCUCCUCUCUGUCAUCCUUCAUUAUAUUUCUCCUGUUUUAUUCUUUCCUCUGCCUUCCUUAUCUGUGUCAAGAUGGAGACUGGGAAUAACCCAGGGUAACUAUUUGGAUGUCUCUGGCUGGAAGUGCAAUAUGUGCCCAGUCCUGGAUGUCUCCAAGUCACAAAUACAAUAGAUGUAUUUUUAUUUAUUGACAUUUUCCACAGCACUCAGAACAAGGUUUCUGCCCUUUCAAAGAAGGAAUAUGUGUUGGAGGGAAAUGGCUGAGCGCUCACUCACAAGUAGAGAUGGGAAUUCAAAGCCAGGCAAAUGAAACAACCGUGACUGACACAAGAGGGCAGUCCCUCCCUUCUCGCUGUGUGCAGAGGAUCGUCACCGGCAUCGGCUCAGGAAGGGACUGAGCUGGCUGGACGAGGAUGGGGAACAACCACCCGCGGUUCGAGUUCCCUGCCCUGCCCUUCGCGCCUUGGUUUGCACAACGCCUCGGCAGGGCCUGACACGGGACCUGCCAAACUGCAAGUUUUGCUCUGUUUGAUCAGUGGAGAUGCAAAACCCCAAGAAAAGCCCAAAUGCCUGUGACUUCCUAGGAAUAAGGGCAUAAUCUGGUGUUUCCUUUCUAACACCUAAGGAAAAGUCAUGUUUUGCCCAGGUUCUUGCCUUAUAAUGUGGUUCAUUAACUCGAACAGAAACCAUGUGCUAACACCAACUACUGACCCAAUCAGCCCUCAGGAACAUGGACUGUCCUCUGCACACCAAAAGCAGCUCAGUUUGCUCCGUGACCUUCAUAGUUAGGAAAUUAUUAAGGCCUUUCUUGUGACCUGCCUUCUCUAGAGCCUGCUAAGGGUAACCCCAUGCUGGAGUCCUUCUUGCAAUGGAGGGUUGAAGAGAUCCCUCAUCCCUACACAGCUCCUGUUUUCAUGGAACAGUUAGAACUUCACAUUUUUGAAACCUACAGUCCUCUAUCACUUUGCUUGAAAUUGGUCAGUGGAUUCAGAAGUUAUCAGUUGGGUGUGCAGUGUGGAAGGAGGGGAAGCAGGACACAGAUUUGACUGUGAUUCCAAAGCCUCACUUCCAGAAUAAACCAGGUUUAAAAAGAACACCAGGUGGGAGGUUGGUCCCACAGCAGGUUAUAGGCUUGGCCUGAUGGAGGAUCUAAGAAUUCUGGUUUGUCAGGCUGGUGGUUUUCACCAUCACUAGAUGUGUUCAAGUCUGAUUAUAUCCACACAAGCUUUGUGACAUCUCUAAGGGAAAAGCCCCUCUCUGUAAUUACCCAAAGUGCAUUUUUAAUUGUGAUUUAUAUUUGGUCCUCAGUUUGGCACUGUUCAGCAUGCAAUUUUUCUUCUCUCAUUUGUUCAAAAUGAUCAUUUUGUCAGUUAUUUUCUGCUGUUCUUUGCUGGCUGUGUGAAAGAGCCUGUGCUGGGGAGAUGGACUGCUGAGGCUGGAGCCUCCAUCACUGUCUCUCCUCUCACACAAAUGCACUCAGCACGAGCACUUGUGCUCAGAAAGAAAACGCAGCCAUGGAAGUAAAUUGCCUCAAUAAUUCAUGGGCUUUAUAGCCCAGAGCAAAUUAUACCUUGGCUCUGUCACGAAAUUCAGGUUGCAAAUCCCUUUAUAGGCAAGCUCGUUAACAAUAUAAGUAAAGUGGUACCUCUAGAAUGGCUUUGGUAAUUGAUGCAUUAUAAUCUUUGGAGAGUAUUUAGUGGUGAACCUUCAGCAUCCAGACUGAGGCAUCGGAGGGGUCUGGAUACAGUCAGAGAAAAAACCAUUUCUUUGUUUGCCUUGCAGUUGCCUUUGUCUGCCUCACUGGCCUCAAAUAGCUCAGAAGGUUUGGUUGCUUUGUUUUCUAACUGCAUUUUGUCUUUAUCAGCUGCAGUUUCUGAGGGAAAAGGUUCCCUGCUGCUGCCAGUACAGAUGAGUGGGACACUUGGACACGUGCAAAACCUGCUCAUUUAUGGAACAAAAUAUCUCUGCCACAACCACUUUCCACAAUCUUAGCUGUCUGGUUCUGAUCCUAAUCCUCUUUGCCUGUUAGAACUUUUUUUGCUUAGGGAGACACUGCCUAAUAUUGCUGCUUUCCUUCACCCACAAUUAAAAUUCAAACUGCAAGAGA